AUGUUAUUGAGGGAGGCAUCUACUAGCAAUAACUCUAUUAACUUGCUUGAAAUUCCUUCAGAUUUUUUAUCUUUAAUUUAUAGUGAUAUUAUUAAGGAAAAUAAUAGCAUUAAAGAAUCAUUAGACAUAACAAACAAUUGUAGAUUGCUUUUGGAUA